AGAAUUAGUCCGCUCCUCUGAAGGCAAACACCCAUUAUCAAGCUCUCACAGCCACCUGCUCUCCAGCAAUGCCUCCAGACUUUGACACCAACAUGAGGUUCAAGUUCUCGAUCCUGGCGCUUCUUCUGGAAGUGAUUGUCAUUGUUUUGUAUGGGAUAUUUGUGGAUUAUGACAAAAAUUCUUCUUCUGAAGGGUUAUAUCCACACUUUCAGGAUGUCCAUGUGAUGAUAUUUGUUGGAUUUGGUUUCCUGAUGACCUUUCUGAAGAAGUAUGGAUUCAGCAGUGUUGGUUUCAACAUGCUCAUUGCUGCCUUCGGUCUCCAGUGGGGAAUUCUGAUGCAAGGAUUUUGGCACAUGAAAGAAGGGAAAAUUCCUGUUAACAUUGAAAGCAUGAUAAAUGCAGACUUCAGUACAGCAACUGCUUUGAUUUCAUUUGGAGCACUCCUGGGGAAAACAAGUCCCAUUCAGAUGCUGAUCCUGACUCUUCUGGAGAUCACCAUCUUUGCAUGCAAUGAACAUCUAGUUACCAAAGUAUUCAAGGCCACAGAUGUUGGAGCUUCGAUGACUAUCCAUGCCUUUGGAGCUUAUUUUGGUUUGGCUGCAGCUUUUGUCUUGUACCGUCCUGGUCUGACAAACAAACAUGAAAAUGAUGAAUCCACCUAUCACUCAGACAUGUUUGCUAUGAUUGGUACACUGUUCCUUUGGCUUUUUUGGCCCAGUUUUAACUCUGCCAUUGCAAAUGGUGCAGAAGCCCAGGCAACAGCCAUUAUCAACACUUACUACUCCUUGGCUGCCUGUACCAUCGUAACAUUUGCCCUCUCCAGCUUGGUGGAUAAAAGAGGCAAAUUCAGUAUGGUUCUCAUUCAAAAUGCCACCCUGGCAGGAGGAGUAGCAGUGGGUACCUGUGCUGACCUGGAAAUCCACCCUUUUUCUGCCAUGUUCAUUGGGGUCAUUGCUGGAAUUGUCUCUGUUCUUGGAUUCCAGUUUCUCACUCCUGUGAUGGCAUCCAAGCUGAAAAUUCAAGACACUUGUGGAGUUCAUAACUUACAUGGUUUACCUGGAAUUCUGGGGGGUAUUGCUGGCAUCAUAGUAACUGCAACAAAGACUGAAAUUAGGAAUAGUCACCGGCUUACUCCUGCCAUGCAGGCUGCUGCCCUAGGAAGUACACUUGGAAUUGCAUUGGUGGGAGGAGCACUCACAGGUGCUAUUCUAAAGCUGCCCUUCUUGGGACAAGUAUCUGAUCAGAACUGCUUUGAUGACUCUGCUUAUUGGGAGGUUCCAGAGGAGGAGACAGUACCGGAAAUUCAUUCCAGCCACCGUGAUGAGCACAGCAGAUUUGAAGCUGCCAUGUAGAAAAAUAAUUAAUCUGCAAUAUAUCUCCUAGUGAUGCUCUUUUCUGUUUCUAAUGCUAAGAAACAAUGAAACAAUAUCCAAGUAUUUUCCCAACCACAGCAGGUAUUUUUAAGAAAAGCCUGAAGAUAGAUAUAUCUUGUAAAAAGAAAACAAGCUUGAUUUUAGAUUACUUAGUCAUUAUACCAAACUCAGGUGAAUAAACUAUGUCCUUCUAAUGUUUUUGUUUAUCAGAAAAAGGCGCCAUAACCUGCUCUUUAAAAUUAUAUAUAUUUUAUCUGUUGUUGUCACUGACAAUAAUAUAGCUGUUGUAAUAAACUUUGAGUUUCAAGAUUAUUACAGGAUAAUAUAUUUAAUUGUGAAAUUUCUAAGUUACUUCCUUCAACUGUAUAGGAGUAAUCAAGAAGAAAUUAACUGAUAUUUUUUAUAUAGAUUCAAACCAAGUUUUCACCAGAGAAUCCCAGCUUAACUUUUUAAGAAAGGGUGUUUUCCUGUUUUCUGAUGGAGGAGAAAACAUGCUGUAUUAUGAAGUUUGAUUAUGACAGGAAACAAAAUGUUGAAAUAAUUCUUAUGGCAAAGCACAGAAUACCGUGAUUGAAAAGGCAGUAUGAGUAUCAAAAUUCAUUUUUAAUAUGUUUAUUUAAAAGGAAAAGAAAGUGAAAUUGUAAAAAAUAUUACUAUUGUCAUAGUUCUAUUUAUUUAUUAUCAUAGAUUUAGUUAGUUUCACGGACAUAAUGCAGGAACUAAGCAGGAGUUAUGAAAACGAAGUAAUUGCAUAAUAGGUCUUGUUCUAUUCAACAGUAAUAAGUGGAUUGUAGCAGUGUUAAUGUCAAGAAAUAUAACAUGAACUAACCAGCUCCAGAAACACAUUAAUUGUUUGGAACUGAUUGGAAAGAACUAUGUUCAACCUACAGAAGACUCGGCAGCGAACUUCCAUGGGGUGAGUCACCAAUUCUGAAGUCACUUUCUCCUAAAAGAAGCAAAAGCAAAAAAGAAGAAAACUGAAGCUAAAUUAAGGAAAAUUAACUUCGUUGGAGAAGUGAUGAAAGUGGCUGCUCAGUUCAGAGACAAAAAUUGAGGUAGCUGAAGGAACUCCAUGAGGUACCUUCCUGCAUGGGAUAAUCCAUUGAGAGAUAAUGGAUGGGAAGUGGGAAUCAAGCAGAAGGAGCACAGUGCCUCAAUCUGUCAUUCAUGGAAAGAUGCAUUUGAUGCCUCUGAAUAAGAGGCUAAAGUGGGUGACUUUCAACCUUUUUUUUUUUUUUUUAAUACUAGGAUCUUAUUUCAAGUCUUACUUAUCAGACUUAAGGGGGAAACUCCUCUCAUAUAAAAUAGAACGUACCUUUUCAUUUCUGCUGAUGUAUUUUUCCUUGAAAAUCUUUAGAAAGACACUAGGCAGGGCUGCCCCAUAUGUUAUUCCUGCCAUAUACUGCUAGAUUUGUCAGAUUUCUCCCCAUGAAUAAAAAUACAUUUGUUGUAUCACACUUUAGUUCAGCUAAGGUCUUUUGCAGAUGUGCAAUAACUGACUCUCUACCUUGUUUUAAGACAUCCUUUAUCCUCUCAAAGCUGUCACAUAUUCAUUUUUGUAAAAACUGGGAAGCAUUUAACAAUGUAAAUAUCACAUUUAUAAAGAUUUUAGAAGUAUCUUGUGCAUAAUUUAUGAAGUGUUGAAGUACUUGAAAAAGAAUCCAUCUGUGGAAAGCCUAUAAAAAUCUUAUCUUCAGUACAUGUAUUUCACCCCUCAAAUUCCUGCUUGGGAGUUCAGAGGAUCUUUCAUUCACCUUAAGUAGUUUAGAGUGCUGACCACACAGGAAUACCUGAGUGAGGAAGCACCACCCACUAUCAGUAAAUCUUUGAAUUAUAGAAUCCUUAAUGUUGGAAAAUGCUUCCAAGAUCAUCAAGUCCAGCCUUGGAUCAUCAUGGCCAGUAAACUACAUUGAGAGUGCUGUGUCUACUCACUUCUUGAACACUUCCAGGGAUGGUGGCUCCUGCUUCCCUGUGGAGCCUGUGCCAAUGUUUAACCACUCUUCCAAUGAUAAAUUUUUUUCAUAAUAUCCAACCUAAACCUUCCCUGGUGAUUGCUGCCUUCAAUAAUACCAUUUAGAGGGGUUUUUAAUUCCAAAGGGGAAAAAAAUAACUAUACAGUUUUGUUCCCCAGUUGUCCUUAUAAUCUUUCCAUAGUAAUCCAUACUCUCAUCCUCUAAGUACUCAUUGUUGUCCCCGAUUCUCUUUUUCAGACGAUUCCUCCCACAAUAAAAUCAGUCACUUAGGUUCUCUCAAAAACAGAGCAGGGAGAUGAAUCCCUUUGUCUAAUCAUAGCUUUAAAUGUCAUUUUCUUUUCCAUGUGACUGUGUCCUUGAAGUGUACAAUUUGUUUCUUCAAAGUUGUGGGGUUUUUUUGUUUUUUUUUUUACCCUAAUUGCUCGCCUCCACUUUGCAGAUGUCAGUGGUAAUUGGUUCUCUGGCUUAGGGUAUUUUCUUUGGUUGGUUAUUUCCCAAUUAAUCAAAGCUUUGAAUACCUUGAAUCAGCAGAGCUUCAUUAAUAAUUAGUUACAACUUCUGUGUAGUAUGUGACUGGACACUUAAAAGACACAAUCUUAAAAUAUUUUAUUAAGAACUUUUUUAUUCUUCCAUGAGGAAGCCUUACACUGGGAGGAAAGGAAAGGAAGGAGUUAAACAAGACACAGAGUGGAGGAUGAGCUUAAAGGAUGGGACUGAAAAGUAAACGAAAGUUAAAGUACAACUACUCUAAAACUGAGGUUCACAAUCAUCAACAUUUGUUUUGUUUCUCAUUAAAAACUGGCAAUGUUUUAUCCCUUCCAACAACUGCUCAAGACUCUCUCCGUCUUAACUUUGUUCUCACUUUGACUUGUUUUUAUGUUAAAAGAGCUUAAAUAAGGUGUUGUGGGUUGUUUAUUUUGUUUUAAAGAGUAAAAACUUUAACGAUAUCUUCUUUAAACUGACCAAAGGUCAAGCCUUUUUCAGAAUACCAGUGGGUGACCAUAGAUUUGAAGGCUGUCUUAUAGUUCUCCAUUCCUACCUCUGUCAGAGCAGUAUCUUUGUAUUUCAUUACAGAAAAGAAAAUUUAUCUGAAAGCCAUUGGCUGAAUAUUUGCUUACAAAAUUUCUUUUAACAUUUGUGCUCAAAUAUGUUGCUGAAUAAACACAUCAAUUGAAUGAUCA